AUGGCUGAUAAGUGUCUGCUGGGACUGAUUAUUCUCUGUCCACUUCUCACAGGUAUGAAUGGAGCAGAACUGACUCAUGUGUUCUGCAGUUCUGGUGAAAAUGUCCAUCUGCCCUGUAAUAAUGCUCUUUCUGACUGCACAUCAACUACAUGGAACUAUAACAGAUAUUCAAGUGCAGUUGAACUGGUUUCUGGAGAGAAAAAGAAGAAUGGCAUAGAGAGACAUGAGAGACUGAGUGUGGGCUCUGACUGCUCUCUGAACAUCAAGAAAGUCACAGAAGAAGAUUAUGGAUCUUACAGCUGCCGACAAUAUGUGAAUGGACAACAACAAGGAACUGAUGCACGUGUUUAUCUGCAUUUUCUUCAUGUCUCAACCCCAACACUUUCAUUCUCUUCAUCAUCCUCACAGACUGAGAUUAGACCAGGCAGCUCUGUCACUCUCUCCUGUCAGUUGUAUUAUGAUGGAGUCUCUUGUGAUACCUUGGUCCGUACUGAGGGAAUUCAUCUGAUCUGGGUGAAUCAGGCUGGUGUGAAUCUGCAGACAGACUCCAGAUAUCAGAUAUCAUUCUCCUCAACACACUGUAACAGCACUCUGACUACAACACUCCUGAAUGAAGAUCACAACAGAGAGUGGAGAUGUCAGGUUAUUCAGAGAAAUGAACAGAAGACCUCAGUCACAUAUACUGUCAAGUAUCCAGCAACAACACAGAUUCCAGUUACCACUCCAAACUCUCUAUAUCGAGUGAUGGUGAUUAUUGUUGAGAUUGCAGCGUUUGCUGCGCCUACUGUGAUUCUUCUUCAGAUCAUCUGUGCAAGAAGAGCUGUCAGCAGCUCAAACUCUGAGAAGAAAUCAACCCAAACUACGACUGCAGCUCCUACAAAACAAAAAAAACUAAAUUCAUGGACUACCCAAACCCCCAAGAUGACUUCAGCUGCACACAGUGCUGUAAAUACUACACAGCAAGUGAUUGGGAUUGUUGUUGCUGCUGUGAUAGCUGUUCUCCUUCCUGCUGUUAUUCUCUGUGUGAUUUGUAAAAAAAAAGCUGAUAACAGAAGAGGGACUAAUGGCUCUGUGGUAAGUAUCAUAAACCAAAGAUCUGUGAGGAUGUUCCAUAAGCUGAAAAAUGUGCACUCUUAUUAG